CUCUCCCCCUCCUCCUCCUCCUCCUCCGCAGUUUGCAGUGUGUUAUGUCUCAGACUCGGAGGUAGAGAGUCAGAGCUGCUCGUCUGGCGGAUCCCCGGUGUCUUCUCCCCUCCUCACUCACACGGGAUUCUUUCUCUCCGGAGCCCUGGGAAAUUCUACUUUUGCUCUUUUCUACCCUUUUUUCGUCCUCUCCACUCCGGCCAACAGUUCGCUCUCUGGGAUUUGUAUGUCUGAUUUCACUCGGCACUGCUCCUCGCUGCUGCCGCUUUUACGCACCGACGCUUAUUUUGGAUUUGCUCAUCGCUGGAGAAAACCCUCAGAAUCAGCGAGGUGGAUCCGUGGAUGCGCCUUUCUGGCUCAAACUGGAGAUGGAAAUGCUGACAUUGAUAUUUCAUUCCCUGUGGAUAUUGCAAUGCAACACAGUGAGCGCCGACUCCAUCAUUCACAUUGGGGCCAUAUUUGAGGAGAACGCAGUGCGGGACGAUGAGGUGUUCCAGCUCGCCGUGUCUGACCUCAGUCUGAGCGAUGACAUCCUGCAGAGCGAGAAGAUCACACACUCUAUUAAACUCAUCGAGCCCAACAACCCGUUCCAGGCGGUGCAGGAAGGUAAGACCGCUAACCGAUCGCUCCAUAAAUCCUCGUCUGUCGAUACCAGCGGCCAUAACGCCGUGUCUUUAACUGCUCACACGUUGACAUCACGCCGCUCAGCGUUCCUCUUCAUCGCGCUGAGCGGAGCGGCGCUGAGAGCAGGACGAGCUUCAAAGGAACAAGAUAUCAACGGAGGGACGUCUGCUCGCCGUUUCUGA